AUGAUAGACGAAGCAGAGUUUAACAAGGCGCUUCCCAAUUUCCAUAAGCUAGCAGUGGAGCAUAUAACGGCACCAGAAGGUGUAUAUGUUGGUGCCAAUUUCGUAAAAAGCUAUGAUGGUCGAUGGUGCAGUUACAUUUCCCUUACCUUGAAUGGUGCAUUCCUCGAGUUUGUGAUAUCGUACAGCAGAUUCUAUCUCGAGCCAAUAUUACACCACCUUAAAGACAACAAUCCAAGUCUCAAGGUUGACAUUGAGGAGUGCAUUCCUGAGAUACACCCCGUGCUACAACGAACCUUAUUGUUGUUACACCAAUGCGAGACAAAAGAACUCAUGGAGUCCUUGCACCUGGAGACGACAGAAAACUAUCUCAUUUCAUGGUUCGGCAUCUAUCUAGGCUACAUUAGCCCUCUUCUCAGUCUACGAGUGCCCGAGUCGGCCUACAUCUCUCAUUCGUCAUGA